AUGACAGACGGGUUUCUAGGUUUUGCACCUGUUGCUGCUGAGUCAGAUGAGGCGGACCCUUUUGCUGCGGCAGGUUUGGCGGCCCCAGCGGCGGUAUCUUUGGUUGACGCACUUGCGGCGUGGAGUACCGAUGGAGAACAUGCUAUGGACGAAGGCAAAAAUGAGGAUUGUGUGAGAAAGCGCACUGACGAGGAAAAUGCUGGAGACAAGAAUGAUUUGAUUGUAGAUGCGUCAAAUGAUGGUGUUGAUACUGCAUCGGUUGUUAAAGAUAAGAGCGAUAUUUUAAAUGCGUCAGAACAGCCAAAACUAUGGAAGUCAGAAUGCUCGCGGGGUGAUUGGACGAUUGCAACCGAGCGCAACGAAGCGUUUGGUGAGUCAUUUACAGCGGAACAUGAGACAGAAGAGGUCACCGUCCUUCGUUCACCUGUCAUUGCGAUGGGAUCUGACGCGGAAGACGACGAGAAUGUUGCUAGUCUGAUUCCUAAUAGUAAUGGUAACGAGAGUCGUGUCGGUGGUCUUCAAGGUGCUCUUUUAGACCGUGACAAUGAUGAGGUUGACAUAGGUGAUGCCGCGAUUUCGGCUAAUAGUGCCACUACCUCUCCAUUGAAGCAAAAUUUGGUAGACGAUCCUUUUGGUAGGAGUCAAAUCGACACGUUUUCGUUUACAAUAGCGACAAUGGACUUGCACGUUGAAAGUGCAAGUCAAACACCGUUUACUGGUGAUUUGGAGGGUGACCGUUUGUCGCUCCAUGAGGACAAGUUUAACUCGUUACGUACAUCCACACCUAGUGUUGCAUCGGAACUUUGGCUUGCUUCGGAUGAGGUCGAAGAAAAUGCUGUAGUAGGAACAAUUGAGAUAAAGAGUCCAAUGCAAGCGGCUGAAGCGGCUGAUGGCGAUGAUUUUGGUGACUUUGGAGGGUUUGAAGCUACACCUGCUACUACAGUCAUCGCAAGAGCCAGUCCAGAUGAUAUGCCGUGGGGAUCUUCUGCAUCGCUGACUAUGGUACCAAAAGUGCAAAUGGAGGAUGUCAACAGCGUUGGAAACUUAGCAAUGUCGGCGACGACUUCUACUUUUGCAGAGACCAGGUCCGCUGACGACACUUUUGGAGAUUUUACCCAGAGCAUCAAGCCAAGCGGUGAUGACGAGUUUGCUGACUUUGGAAACUUUGAUCAGAGUUUUGUAAACAAGGAAGAUAGUUUCACCGAUUUCAAGCAAUCUUGCGCGGAAUCGUUUGGAAGUGAUAAUGGGUUUGGUGACUUUGCCCCAGCUGUUGCCCCCACUCUGGUGGCAUCGCCAGCUUUGUCGAUUCCGUCCUUAUCGAAGACCGAGUUGUCAGCAUUCUUUAAGGAAGCAUUUUCGACGAAGCCUUUGCCGGCGAUUUCACCUGACCAGGCGGAAAGCCCAACCGAGGUAGAUGACACUGAUUCUGUUCAAAAGAAAUCGACGGAUUUCAUUCACAACGUAUUUCGCGACAUGUGGGAUGAGUAUAUUUCUACCGUAGCUGCAACAGGUCCCCAGUUGUCUUCUUCGUGUGGCUCGCUUUUGACUACAGUCGAACCAAAGGACGUUGGCGAGCGCGUGCGCUUGUACCAGAGUACGAAACGUGCUUCAAAAUAUUUGAAGUAUGUGCUGUCCGAAAAGAUCCAAGAGGCUUCGAAGCAGAAUGGCAUAUUUGCGCAUGGUUCUGAGAGACAUCAGAUGUAUGUGGGAGUUAUUGAUUCUGGCGACGUAGACCGCAUGUCUGCCGCUCUUAAAGAGUUGCAAGACGCGCUGUUCCACAAUUCAGUAAACAACGCGAUGAUGCGGAUUGCCAAGCAGGCAGCGCUGUCAGCUAAAGCCAAAAUUGCUGAGCAGGCGGCUCAGCAGCAGGCGACUUCACGUGGUGGAUCCUUAUUCUCCACAACACGUCACUUGUUGUUACGAGGUGGGAACGCUGGAGGAGCGCAUGGCCCGAGUAGUUGUGGCAGCGAUACCGAUCAUGCUGGAGCUGAUACUCCAACGGGUGUCUCUGUUCAGAAGCUAGCCCGCUUCUCGCUCGCUAACAACCAUGACGACUCCGCAAAUGCGCACCGUAGUGUCAUUAAUGGCGGGGAAAGAGUGUCGGAUGGAUGCGAUCGCACGGGACAUAGCAGUGGGAGUGAUUUGGAAGUUGCAUUUAGUGCUGACAGUCGAAAUCGAGGCCAAAUCUCCUCGAAUAGUGGAAGCAACAAUGGCGGCCUGAUGAAAAAGUUUCAGGAUCGCUUUUCUUUCAGUAGCACUAGACAUCGCCCACGUUAUGUGCGUCUUCGAAGGAAUGGACAGUCAGAUGAGGAGAUCAAAAAGAUGGAGCUAAAUUUGGACACUAUCAGUGGAGGCUUUGACGAAGUAAAGUGGAAGUGUGCUUUGUUCUUGUAUGACGUCGAAGAGGUAACUCAUGUGGCACCUUCACAAAUUAGCAUUUUGGCGUAUCCAAGCAAACAGCCGCUAAGAGGAAAGACUGAUCGGAGUGCGCUGACAAAGCUUGUAAAGUCUGACUCAAUUUGGAUUGUUGAUAUUGGCGCCAAUAAAUAG